AAUCCCUAACGGAGAUAAAUAUGGCGAAAUAUUUGUCGUAGAUAGGCCACUAAUUAACUGUACAAAGUACGGGAGAAGAGCUACUCGUUGUCCGUUUUGAUUUUAACUAGUACAAGUUGCUUAUCAAAAUCAGAUUUUUGAGACUGUUAUCGAUUGGCGAACUCUGGAGAAGGAAAAUAUUUAAAGCAGGAAUAUGAGUACCCAAGAAAAGAAAUCCAUCGAUUCGGACGAAGAUGAAUUCUACGAAUGCGAAGCGUCUCCCAAAAAAGGAAAUCAUUCUCGACAGCACUCAAGAAAUAGUAGUUUGCCAAAGGCAGGAUAUAAUAGCCACAGAACCCGACUUCCAGUGAAAAUGUUCUCCAGAAGCGAAUUCAGCGUUUGGAGUAUACUAAAGCAAUGCAUUGGAAAAGAAUUGUCCAAAAUUACGAUGCCAAUCGUCUUUAAUGAACCUCUGAGUUUCUUGCAGCGAAUAACUGAAUAUAUGGAAUAUUCGGAUCUUUUAACCAAAGCUAAUGAAAGUCCCGAUCCAACCAGUAGAAUGGAGUAUGUGGCCGCAUUUGCCGUUUCUGCCCUAUCGUCUAAUCACGAACGUUUAGCAAAACCGUUCAAUCCUCUAUUAGGAGAAACCUACGAGUUAGUUAGACCUGGUGUUCGCCUCACUGCCGAGCAAGUUUCCCAUCAUCCCCCUGUAUCUGCGUUUCACGCCGAAUCCGAAAAUUACUCGUUUUGCGGUUCUAUUCACCCAAAAAUGAAAUUUUGGGGAAAGAGUGUGGAAAUUACUCCAAAGGGGAAUGUAAUUCUUCACUUGAAAAAAUGGAACGAAACAUACACUUGGAGCAAUGUCGUCUGUUCUAUUCAUAACAUAAUCAUUGGAAAAAUGUGGAUUGAACACUACGGUAAAAUGGAUAUAAAAUGUAUCCAAACGGGAUGGGAGACUAUUCUGAAUUUUCACUCUUGCGGUUGGAGGAGCCACAGACAACACGAGGUUGAUGGAUACGUUCUGAGUGAAGAUAAAGAAAAGAUGAAAUAUUUCAUCGGACGAUGGAUAGAUAACCUAUAUAGUUAUGAUGUCACUGCAAAUAUGGAUAAUAUUAAGUAUGAAGACGCCUUGCAAAAUCAACUACCAAAUCAACGUCUUCUAUGGUCGGCGAACAAAAGAUCUGAUCAAAGUCAUGAAGUAAACAAAUAUUCUUCUUUCUUUCUUAUUUUUAAUUAAAUGACGUUCAGGGAAAUUGAUAGAAUUAAUUAUUUGGAAGUGAGAAAUAUGCUUAUUAGACAAUAUUGUUUUUUUUAAGUAGUGUUUUAAAAGAGUGCGUACAAAAAGUCAAUAUAUCUCUAAAGGUGGGAGAAUGCACUCUUCUAUUUACUAAUCGAAUCGAAUUAACUCGACUUGCUAUUCUUAUACUCAUUUUUUUAUUUUUCUCUCUUUAUUGCAGUAUUACAAUUUUUCAAAUUUUGCUAUUACUCUUAAUGAAAUGGGAGAAGGUUUUAAAUCUUUGCCGCCUACUGACUCCAGACUAAGGCCAGAUAUUAGGAAAUUGGAAGAGGGAGAUGUUGAUGGCGCUGGCGAAGAAAAGCACAGAGUCGAAGAGAAGCAGAGAGAGUCGAGAAGACAUAGAAAAAAAGAUAAGAACGACUGGUGUCAACGGUAAUUUAUUACUUUUUACUAACUUGAAUAGUUUGUAUACAUACAUAUGAUUAUAUAUGAGUAUACAUAUACUUAAUACCUUUUAUAAGAAAACUAUUAAGGAUAUCUAUAAACAUUUUUUUAGUAAAAUAAGAGGAGAAAGGUAAUAAAGAGUGAGAAGAUACUAGUUAAUUAAGCCUUUAAACAAUUAGUAAACGAAUAAAUUAUGUAGAAUAGAAUGAGAGAAAGAAAGAUAGAGAAAGAAAUUGUGAUUGCACAUUCAAUCAUCAUAUUUUGAAUUUUCUCUUUGUCACCAAUGUGUUUGUUUGUUCUACUUGUUUUCUUCUUCUUCUUUAUUUUCAUAUCCACCUACUUGAAAACAAGUAAUAAACGAUCUAUUCCCUUAUUUAGAUUUCCACCCCGCAUAAGAGCAUCGAAUAGUUAUAUUCGUCUAUAUUUCUACACUCGAUACUAGACUGUUGAUGUUUUUAUUCGUUCUAUUAUGAUCUCUCUGUUAAAUCAUCUAGUUUUAGACUAAUUACAUAUAUAUCGUAAAUAUUAAUAUAUGCUAUUCCUUUCAGAUGGUUUAAACUUGAUAAACAUCCUGCCACCGGACAGAAUGAAUGGAUUUUUGAUCAGAGUUACUGGAAGAGGGAUUGGACUAAUUGUCCAGAUAUAUUUUAAUCUUAUCAUGAAGCCUUUCUAUGAAAAUUUUUAUGACGAUGCUAUUUUCACUUUUAUCCUUAGUUUAUUUACCAAAUGUCGUCGUUUUCUCAACAUAUUCCAAACCAAGCAUGGAUACGUUCAUACAAAGAAUAGAUAUAAUUUAUAAAUGAAUGCAUACAAUCCAACAUACCUACCUACAAACAGACAUACAUACAUUCAUAUACGUAAGCAAAUAAUUUCCAAAAAAGAAAUGCAGCUAAAAAUGCAAAGACUUUUGUCUUUUUCUGUUUACAAUAAAAGGCAAAAGGAAAGUUUAAAACCAGCAAACAUUUUUUUUAUGUAUAGAUAGUUAUGAAUAUGAAUAUAUUUAUUCAUAUAUUCACUAUUCUAUAUGUUCAUGCAGACUAUGUGAUAAAUUAUCCAUUUAAUUAUUACUAUAGAAUAAAUUAUUAAAUUUAAAUCUAUUAUCUUCUGUAUAAAGA